AAAGAUCUCCCAAUGGCUGAGUCUGCAAGCAACACAGCUCCAAAAAAGCUCAUCCAAAUCGAUGUAGGCUCGGAUACAGUGUGCCCAUGGUGCUUUGUGGGCAAAAAGAAUCUUGACAAAGCCAUUGAUGCAUCUAAAGACCAAUACAACUUUGAGAUUCGAUGGCAUCCUUUUUUCCUUGAUGCCUCUGCACCCAAAGAAGGUGUGAACAAGAAAGAGUUUUAUCGACAGAAAUUUGGAAACAGAGUUGAAGGAAUGUUCACAAGAAUGUCCGAGAUCUUUGGAGGUUUUGGGUUAGAGUAUGACACAUCAGGUCUCACAGGCAACACUCUGGAUAGUCAUAGACUUAUACAUUACACCGGGAAGCACGCACCGGAGAAACAGCAUAGCCUUGUUGAAGAGUUGUGUCUCGGUUACUUCACACAGGGAAAGUUCAUUGGUGACAGGGAGUUUUUGGUUGAGACGGCCAAAAAGCUUAGCAUAGAAGGAGCAGAAGAAUAUCUCUCAGAGCCUAACAAUGGAGUCACAGAGGUUAAAGAAGAGAUGGAGAAGUAUUCACGGAAUAUCACUGGAGUUCCACAUUACACUAUCAAUGGGAAGGUGAAACUGAGUGGUGCGCAACCGCCGGAGACGUUCCAGAGUGCGUUUGAAGCGGCCUGA